AUGCUAUUACCGUUCGAUGGUGCGACGGUCGAACGAUUCCAGCGUAGCCACUUCAAGACCGACCAUCGCAACGGCAGAGAUGAUUCGAUCGUCCACCCACCGGGUCCGCCACGGUCAGCGAAAUUAGCCGGUCGAUAUGAAGACAUCGCCAAUUCCGUCGUCCCGAGUGUAGCCUACGCCGACAGUCCAGUUUCCACCGUCAGCGCUCCGAGCCACCCGUACGUUGCCGCUUCAAUGGCCGCCCACGGUAACAGUACGCCACCGCUGGCAUUGGUGACCACCGCACGGGCGCCGACCGACCCACCGGCCCGGAAGGUAGACAUAUUGAUCUAUCCAACAGUGUCGCCGGAAACGAUCGUCGUACCGAUACUGUCCUGCAUCGUCGGCUUUCCCAUCUUCGCCCUGCUGGUCAUCUGCUGCCUGCGCCGCCGGGCGAAGAUAGCCCGCGAACGUGACCGGCGGCGUAACUUCGACCUGCAGGCGAACACCAUCACGCUCGUACGCUUCAACUCCCACCAUCUCAACAAUCAACGCUCAAUAUUGCUUCAGUCUGGGGACAGUUUGAGCCGCGGAUAUCCUUCCCUCGAUCUCGACACGGUUUACGAAGAGAAGAGUGAUACGCACUGCAGCAGCCAGCUUGACUCACCAGCAGCCCACAUGUUACUGAGCGACUCACCGCCGGAUACGGACAACGAGCAUUGCUAG